CCGUGCACGGGUGCGGACGUGUUCGCGUGCAUAUGCAAUAUCGAAUUAUCAGUGUCGUUGAAAUGUAUGUACGAGUUUUACGGCAUUAUCAUUAAUAGUAUUUAUGUACAUUUGAAAAUUACAUUUUUGAACUGUUUCCUUUCUAAGUUGUAAACUUUUAAUAAGCACAUAUACAAUGAAGUGACGAUGAACGUGUUCCGUGCCAUUACAUUUUGAAUGGAUAUACGAUGAGACCCUUGAAAAAAGAUGUUGAAGUUACAAAAAUCAUAGUGGCACAUCGUAAUCGGACCGACGAAUGUGAAACAAAAAUGAUAACAUGAUGAAAUAUGUUACGAAACGGACAGUUUCAUAAAGCACGGACUAAGACCUGUUAUCCGAGCAUGUGUGAUUAUGGUACCAGAACAAGCGCAUAUAAGAAGAACAAAUACAGAUAUCCCGCCCAAAUAGUUUAUUUCAAUUUAUAUUGCAUUUUAAUCGUGAUGUGUAUAUCUAUACAAACUGCAAAUUCUAAUACUACAAAUAUGAAUCGUCAUUUCAAUGGUAAAAGUGCCAAAGAUAGUUCUAACAAUCAUCAAAGUGAUACACCACACGAUGACAAUUAUGAUGAUCAUGACACCCACGUAAAUGAAAAUGAAGAUUACACUAAAGUCAAUUUUGAUCACAAUCCGUAUUAUAAUAGUGAAAGUUUUGUACAUUUGAACAAUAAGUUUUACAAUACCGAAAAUAACGCUUACAGCAAUUAUGAAGAUUACAAGAAAUAUUAUUUGAAUCCUUCAAACCCCAAGGCUAAUGUUAAAUUUAAAAUAAGUAGCAGAAUAGUUCAAACCAAGUAUGGAAAAUUACAGGGCAUAGUAUUGGCUAUGGAUGAACACAGAUAUUUAAGUCCCCUUGAAGUUUUUCUUGGUGUUCCUUAUGCUACACCUCCGGUUGGAUCUAACAGAUUCAGUCCUACUAGGACACCAUCACCGUGGGAUGGUGUAAGGGUAUCAGACAGGCCGGGUCCAGCUUGUCCACAGAAAUUACCAGAUCUAAACGAUGAAAGGACCAUAUUAGAAAAAAUGCCUAAAGGCAGACUAGAGUAUAUGAAAAGACUGAUGCCUUAUCUUAAGAAUCAAAGUGAAGAUUGUUUAUAUUUGAACAUAUUCGCUCCUUUGCAAAUGGACGAAACAAAAUUAGCGUUGCCUGUGUUAGUCUACAUUCACGGUGAAAGUUACUCGUGGAGUUCUGGCAAUCCGUACGACGGCGGCGUACUGUCAAGUUAUACAGACUUGAUUGUAGUUACGUUAAAUUUCAGACUUGGAGUCUUGGGAUUUCUAAACGCAAACCCGGCGCCUCAUUUGAAAGCUCGCGUUGCCAAUUAUGGUUUGAUGGAUCAGAUAGCAGCAUUACACUGGGUGCAACAGAAUAUAGCGCUAUUUGGAGGCGAUCCAACCAACAUAACACUAAUGGGCCACGGAUCAGGGGCCGCCUGUAUCAACUUUCUUAUGAUAUCACCCACUGUUAUGCCAGGAUUGUUUCAUAGAGCAAUAUUAUUAUCAGGUUCAGCUUUAAGUUCUUGGGCAAUAGUGGACGAUCCUGUCUACUACUCAUUGAAAUUGGCUAAACAAAUGAACUGUAGCAUACCGGAAGAUUUAACAAAAGACCACGAAGUCAUUGUGGAUUGUCUCAGGGAAGUUUCUAUAGAGGAGCUGCUAUCAGUAGACAUAUCUCCACCGAAUUUUUUAACAGCAUUCGGCCCUUCAGUGGACGGUGUUGUUAUAAAAACAGAUUUUGCAAAAGACUUUCUGACUAUGUAUUCCACCGGUGAUUUUCCAAGUUUUGGACCACUGAAUAACAUGAAUGCAAAUCUAAACACACAUAAAAAGAGGAGUGAUAGUGGAAGAAGAUUAUUUCAGAACAAAUACGAUUUAUUGUUUGGAGUGGUGACCAGUGAAGCCCUUUGGAAGUUUUCUGCGCACGACAUCCAAAAUGGAAUAGAACCGGAAAAAAGAGAUCGAAUGUUGAGAACAUACGUCAGAAAUUCCUACACUUAUCAUUUGAGUGAAAUAUUCUACACUAUUGUCAACGAGUACACCGAUUGGGAAAGAACGGUAGAGAAUCCGAUAAACACAAGAGAUGCGACAGUUGCCGCAUUAUCGGACGCUCAGUACGUGGCACCGCUGGUACAAAGUGGGGACUUAUUGAGCGGAGGGCCUAAGCCGGUAUUGAAUGACGAAGACGGACCACGCAGGCCUACUAAGACUUUCUUUUAUGUUUUCGAUUACCAGACGAAGGACGGAUUUUAUCCUCAAAGGAUGGGCGCAUCUCACGGAGAAGAAUUGCCUUACGUAUUCGGCGCGCCUCUGGUGGAUGGAUUCAGUCACUUUCCUCAGAACUACACCAAGUCUGAGGUGGCUUUGUCGGAGUCCAUAAUGUUGUUCAUCGCCAAUUUUGCAAGGACUGGAAAUCCAAAUGACAAUGCGCGACAGGAGGUACUGUUGCCAGCUUCAAGAGAAAGGAAUAAAUUCCGAGGUACGACAUGGGAAGAAUACGACUCUACGCAUCAGAAGUACUUGGAAAUUGGUAUGAAACCUCGUCUCAAAAAUCACUAUCGGGCUCAUCAGCUGUCAGUUUGGCUAAGACUGGUUCCAGAGCUCCACAGAGCUGGCAUGGAAGAUGUAGCAGCUAGACAUAAUUUAUUUAAAAAUCACAACGAACAAGACCUAUACGAGGGUAUAGUUAGACCAGAUCCAUUAGCUAGAAGCGCCAACGACAACGACCAAAUUAGACGGGGGAAUAGCUCUGUUUAUUCAGACACAGCUCUAACGACAGUCGAUACUAUUUUAGCUACAUGCGCCACUAUUAUGCCAAAUGGAAGAGACCUGCAAACAUUAAACAACACAGAUAACGCAUUGGCGAAUUUAGAAGCUGCCGGUUAUGCAGCAUAUUCGACCGCCCUGAGUGUGACGAUAGCGAUAGGAUGUUCAUUACUGAUACUAAAUGUCCUAAUAUUUGCUGGAGUAUACUAUCAGAGGGAUAAGUCAAGAUCGAGAAGCAAACAGCAGAGAUUCAAUGAGAAACAUUUUGAAACUAUAUCGGGAAAACAUUCGCAUUAUCAUAUAGAUCCAACUCACGCUCCAAGCUUGGUGGUUGACGUCGAGAGACAGAAUCGUAAAAAACAAAUGAUGUCGGACCCUCAUUUGUCGGGUCUUAAUUUCAAAGGGCCAUUAGAUAUCUCGAAAUCACCGCCGAGUCCAUCGCUGAGUAUAGACAAUAUGAUAUUGCCCAGUAAACUAGGUAGUAGGAACAGCAGUUUUAGGUUACCUAAUGCGAGUUAUCCGCAAGUGGGUGGGUAUGCGACGAUGCCGAAGAAUUUGAACCAGUUUAAUAACUCCCCGCCCUUACAAGAGUUGAGGCAACAGAAAUUCCAGCCUCCAAACGGCUCGGCGGCGCAGGGCUCCCCGGGGAGGGAGGGGGAUAGCUCAAGGGGCCCACCCCACGCCACCCUCAGGAGAGGCAAAGCUGCUCAUGGCCCCAGUCUCCCGCAAGCAGCCAUUGAUGAAAUGAGAGUGUGACAGUUAAUUCCAUCUAACUUUACAUUACAGGAUUAAAAAGUGUUUCUUGAUCUUUUCAAAGUGUAAUUCGUAUGUAAUUCGGAUUGUGAGUGUAAAUAGAUGUAUGAUGGUUGGUUGAAAUUUUUUUUAGAAAAAUAAAAAUGUUAUCGAUUUUCUCAGUCAUUGGAAUAUGAUUAUCGAAUAAAAAAUCAAAUGUAUCAUA